GGAGAAUGCAAAAGAGGAGAGAGAAGAGAGAGAGGGGCACCCCAAGACCAACGAGAGAGAGAGAGAAGUGAGAAACCCAAAAGAGCCAAAGCGAAAGCGAGGAGGAAGAAAGAGGGAGACAUUGACGAGCUGCAGCCCAGCAGCAGCAGCAGCGAAUCCACUCUCCCCUGAACCCCACUCCGGAGGCAGGCUGCCUCGCUCGCUCGCCGCCGCGGCGGCAGCCUCAGUCGGCUACCUCCUCCCCACCCCGGCUGGGCGCUGACGCUGACACUGGGACCCGCGCCUUCUGGGGGACUGGGAGUGGCCCCCCACUGAUGACCGCCUGUGCGCCGGCGGCGAGGGGAAGCGUUACGACGAGCAGGGCCGGUGGGCUCCGCGCGAAGCAGGCCGGGCGCGCCAGCUGCCGCGGCGCCUAGGGAGGUGGCUGUCGUCUUGCUCCGGGGGGACUGGAGGCGGUGGCCUCUGAAGAAGCUAGGGUUCUCUCUGCAUCGGGGCGUUGCGGGGAUGGCGGUUGGGGACGCGCUGCGGCGGCUGUGCGAGGAGGUCGGCUGGUCCUACGCCGUCUUCUGGAAGGCCAUCGGCGCCGCCGACCCCGUGCAUUUGGUGUGGGAGGACGGUUAUUGUGGCCACGCGUCGUGCUCCUCCGGAUCUGAGGCUUCUGAGGUUGGGUGCGAACCAGGCAGCUAUGUGUGCACGCUUGUUAGGAAGGUUAUGUCAUCACAAGUUCAUGUUGUCGGAGAAGGUGCCAUUGGCCGUGCUGCUUUUACUGGAAACCAUCAAUGGAUCGUCCACGAUGCUGCCAAUGAUCACAAGGUCAGAUCCGAGGUUUCUGCUGAGAUGAAUCAGCAGUUCAUAGCUGGCAUUCAGACUGUUGCAAUUAUUCCUGUGUUACCGCGUGGUGUACUGCAGCUAGGCUCUACUAGUGUGGUGAUGGAAAACACAAACUUUGUGGUCCAAUAUAAGAAGCUUUGUUCUCAGCUAAACAACCGAUCAAGUAUGGCUUCAUCGUCGUCUGUUAAAAAUGAUUUGAACCAGAAGGUUCAGUCACACCCAUUAAAUGGCCCACCAAGUAUCUACCCUGCAGGUGCUUGGUCAAACAAUUUCAGUGGAUCCCCAAUGACUUAUGAACAAUGCUAUGGUCCUGAUUCCACAACUUUGUCGAGCAAUACAUUGGCAAACACAGGUAGGAAUGCCUCAAUGUUUAUGGCUGCACAGAGAAAUAGUCAAGCGCUUAAAGAACACAUUAUAUAUGCUCCUGACACGAGGUUCAGACAGCAAACACCUUAUUGUGACAGGAGAGUUGAAAGUAACACCCAAUAUAGUGUUGUAAGCUCUGGUUUCAUCUCAUCUGUCUCGGCAUCAAUGGAAAAGCAUCCAGUGUUGAUGACCAACAAUGGACAGUUAGAACAGGGAAACAUGGAAGAUUCAUCAGAAUUCAGAAAUGUUCUCUUGAAAUCUCAUGCAUGCCAGAACCCUUUAGCCCAUGGAAAUACAAACGUGACUCCGUUGCAUGGCAGAGGACAGGUGUCAGAUUUUCUUAAUGGUCAUGGGAAUUUUGAUUUUCUCCCAGAAGGUAGCUUGUAUGCCAGCACAGAGAAUAAAAUGUUAGACCAAAGAGGUAAUUCUACUUCUGGGAUGACAGGGCAUAAACAAGCUAUUUCAUAUAAAAUGCCCCAAUCUACCCAAUUCAUUAUGAAAAUGGAGAGUCCAAAGAGAGAGACAUUUCAAGCUUCUGCAGCUCUAUCGUCUGGCUCUGAUAUUCAAGUUUCUGGUGGCUUGAAAACAACCAUUUCUCAAGAGAAUAAGAUGAGUAGCUCAGAUCUAAUUGGCUCAAAAAAGGCUAAUGAAGUAAAUGACCCUGCUGAUGUAAUUGUACGCAAGCUCCCAGGCAUUUCUGAUGAGGGAGCACCCUCCAUCCUUAUGAAUCCUACUACAGAAAAUGAUUUGUUCGAUGUAUUUGGUACUGAAUAUCAUCACUUGUACCGCAAUGUGGAUAAUGAUCUUACCUGGAAAACUUCAAAACCUGAGAGUUCAAAUAGAGACGCACCUGACUCCUCUGUUUAUCUUGAUACCUCUGCACCCUUUGAUUCAGUGGAUGACGAGUUCCCUUAUUCUGGCAUCUUCUCACAAACUGAUACUGACCAACUAUUGGAUGCGGUUAUCUCCAAUGUCAAUCCUGGCGGCAAGCAGAUCUCAGGUGUCAGUGCCUCUUGCAAGACUUCAUUUACAGACAUUCCUAGCAGUUCUUAUUGUCGCUCAAAAGAGACGAAGCACUGUGAGUCAUCUGGUGCUCCUCCUUUGCUAAUCAAGAAUGAGUUGGCUGUUUCAAAUUUUGCUAAACAGCCAUCUUUCCUAGGGAAGGCAGAGGAUGGUUGUCUUUCCCAAAAUAAUGGAAUGCAUAAAUCUCAGAUACGCCUUUGGAUUGAGAGUGGACAGAACAUGAAAUGUGAAAGUGUCUCAGCCUCAAACAGCAAGGGCGUUGAGACACCAAGCAAGGCAAGUUCAAAGAGAUCUCGACGAGGAGAGAACCCUAAGCCACGACCGAAGGACCGUCAACUUAUUCAGGAUCGUAUAAAGGAGCUCCGGGAACUUGUACCUAAUGGAGCAAAGUGCAGCAUUGAUGCAUUGUUGGAAAAGACCAUUAAGCAUAUGCUUUUCUUGCAAAGUGUGACAAAGCAUGCGGACAACCUCAAGGACUCUAAUGAAUCUAAGAUACUUGGCGGUGGCAACGGUCCCCUUAAAGACUGCUUCGAAGGUGGUGCAACUUGGGCCUUUGAUGUUGGUAGCCAAUCUAUGACAUGCCCGAUCAUUGUUGAGGAUCUUGACCGGCCUCGUCAGAUGCUUGUGGAGAUGCUUUGUGAGGAUAGAGGUAUCUUCUUGGAGAUAGCUGACUUCAUCAAAGGACUAGGAUUAACCAUCUUGCGGGGCGUGAUGGAAGCACGCAAAAAUAAAAUCUGGGCACGGUUCACUGUUGAGGCCAACAGGGACAUGACGAGGAUGGAAAUCUUUCUCUCCCUAAUGCGCUUGCUGGAACCUAGCUGUGACGGCAGUGCAGCAGGAGAGAAUCCUAACAAUGUAAAAAUACCUCUUGGGAUUGUGCAAUGUCCCGUUAUCCCUGCGACGGGCCAUCUUAGGUGAGUGAGCGAGUACAAAUGUCAUUGAAGACAUCUUUGAAAUGCUAAGAGCGGGAGUUCGACUCACUUCUGCCAUGACUGGCAUUGUCAAUGCACGACGAGCUGAAUUCUUUUGACAUGCAGAGCCUCGUUCCACAAUGUGCAUGCGGAAAGCCUAACAGUAGAUACCAAGACAUGGAUAGUUGGUUCAGCAAAUGAUCAUUAGGCGAUGUUCUGGUUGUAUAAUCUUAUUUCUGUUUGUUGCUGAUGUUUAUUUCUCUCUGCAUAUUAGCAAAUUUUGUGCUGUUCGUCUACUGAAUGGAAAUUCUGAGUUGAUUUGUCUAGCAUCAGAGUUGGGAAAUGGGAAGCCUCUUUUGCAGGCCU